UUUCAAAAAUAUCAUGCUGAAUAAAUAGCUCUAACAAAUCGAAUUCACCAAAUUGUUAAUAACAGAUUUAAGACACCGAUGCUGCGUUCCGACGUCGGACGGCAAGUGCUCAGACGGUGGUCACGGACGCGAUGAACUCCUCGUCGGCCGACGAUCACGGUGGGGGGACGUUCGGCAAUCGGUCGUCGUCGCCUUUCCCCGAUUGGAGCGGCGGUGGCGGCGGAGGUAGCGACGGUAACUGGUCCGCACACGACGAGACGACCGCCGUAGUGUUCUGUCCCAUAUUCGAGGGCACGGACGAGGACGAUUACAGCCUGCUGUUCGAGUUCGUCACCUAUGGAGUGCUGCUGAACGUGAUCGGCGUGUUCGGCAUACUGGGCAACGUCAUAUCGAUGGUGAUCCUGUCCCGGCCGCAGAUGAAGUCGUCCAUCAACUACCUGCUGAUCGGCCUGGCCCGGUGCGACACGGUGCUGAUCGUCACGUCCAUGCUGCUGUUCGGGCUGCCCGUGGUCUACCCGGCCACCGGGCACCUGUUCAACUACUACUUCAAAGUGUACCCGCUGAUCGCGCCCGUCGUCUACCCCAUAGCGAUGAUAUCGCAGACCGUGUCCGUGUACCUGACGCUCACCGUCACCCUGGAACGGUUCGUGGCCGUGUGUCACCCGCUCCGCGCCCGGUCCCUGUGCACGUACGGCCGGGCCCGGGCCUACGUGGUGGCCACCAUCGCGUUUGCCGUCCUCUACAACGUCACCCGGUUCCUGGAGGUGACCGUCCAGAAGUGCAUGCACACCGGUUCCAACCAGUACGUGUACCAGGUGUACCCUAGCGACCUGCGCAACGACCGCGACUACAUAUCCAUUUACAUACACUGGAUGUACUUGCUCAUCAUGUACUUCAUACCGUUCGGAUCGCUGGCCGUGCUGAACGCCGCCAUAUACCGACAGGUGAGGAGGGCUAACCGAGAGCGGCAGCGGCUGUCACGGCUGCAGAAGAAGGAGAUCGGACUGGCCACCAUGUUGCUGUGCGUGGUGGUCGUGUUCCUGCUGUGCAACGUGUGGGCGCUCAUAUCGAACGUGGUAGAGGCGUUCUACGGCAUCACCGUCGAUCACCUGGUCAAGGUCAGCAAUCUGCUGGUGACCAUCAACUCGUCCGUCAACUUCGUCAUCUACGUGAUAUUUGGCGAGAAGUUCAAGCGGCUGUUCUUCAAGCUGUUCUUCCCGAGGGGCGUGUGGAUGUGCGGCUGGCACUUGGCGGCUGACAGCCGGGGAGGGCCAGGCGGCGGCGCCUGUGUCAUCGCCGCGAUGGACGACAGCGAGGCCACGUGCAACGGGGCGACGGCGUUCGAGUGCAGACAGUUGGGCUCCGGCGUGGGCGGUUCAUCGUCGUCCACUGACCACUUCAGGCGGUCUCACCGAGGACGUCACCAUCACCACCACCAUCACCACCACCAUCAUCACCAUCACCGCGACGGCGACCGUCUGGACCGCCAGCACGGGACGGUGUCCAUCAGCGUCGGUGGAUGUGAUAACGGCGGAAACGGUACAUCUGACGACAGGGAACUCUGCUUGAAGACGCCUACCAGCAGCGGUCUGAUGUGGGAACACUCGACCACUACCACCACGACCACCGUAAACGUACAUCAAAUCUGAACAUCCACAGCGUUUGAUUUUGUCGUAGUCAUGUCGUAGAUUCCCCAACAAUGUUUGUGUGUGUGUGUGUGUGUGUGUGUUAUUUUUAUAGGUAUAUUAUGUUGACAUAAUUACAUCGGGUGAGCGGUAUAGAAAUGAUAUGAACGGGAUGACGAUGAUGAUGACGACGACGAUCAGAAAAGUAGACGGUUUGGACGAUAAUGACGGGAUGAAAACUGGGAUGUGUAUAGCAUAGUAUUUCGCGUUGGACGCAGACGGACGGGACGUGAUUACAGUCCAAUGUCAUCGCGAAAACGGACAUAAUACGUUUUAAAAUCAAUUAGGAAAAAAACGUAUCAUUUGAUUAUAAAAUAUAUUAUUUAAUACGUGCUCGGUUGUGCUAUCACAACGGUACUCGAUGACGCGAGAUACAAGUGACGGGUGAUUUGAUAUAUUUCACGUGGAUCGGUGUAUUUUUCGCCAAAACUUCGUAGCUCGUUGAACGUCAUCUAUUUAAUCGCGCCGCAUUAAGAUCAUUACACGCCAGCACCGUCGGGAUGAUCGCUGGCCAUUGCAGUUACACGACUCGCGGUACCUACGUACACAUUAUACCGAGGCUGGGCAAGUUACCAUUUUUUUUUUGUUUUUAACUUGUUAAGUUGAUAUUGUAGAAAAGUAGAUUAUGUUUAAAGUUAAAGAUGAUAUUAUUUUAUUUUUAACUAGUAAAAAUUGCCAGUCGAAUAGAAAAAAAGUACCUAUCGUUUAAUUUUUAGUACGUUUAAUGAAAUUAAAAACACGAAAAUAAAUGUAUUUAUAUAUAAUAAUAUUAAAAGUUCCAUUAAUAGAAACACAUUAGGAAGAUAUAAAAAGCCAUACCAAAAGAAGUUUUUAUUAUUAUUUUAUAAGACAUCGCGACAUCAAGGUCUACUUAAGCGUCAAACUCUGUUCCCUGGUAAGGUUCUUUUAUUAAGAGAUUUAAAAUUAAUU